AUGAGGCUGAUUCUGGUACUUUUGGCGCUUGCCGCACUUGGAUGGACGGCAGACGACUGUGUCCAGGACGCCGAGAUUCUCAGUCAGUUGCAGAAAGCGGCGGGAAACCUUCUGGAGCAGCCACGGCCAAGUUUGUUAUUUGCUCAGCUUCUGAUAUCUAUCAUGAUGUUUCAGGGUUUUUCUUGAAUUUUAUGAUUUUUUUGGGUUCAUUUUCAUAAAAUUCUACAAAAAUCAUAAUUAUCAGUCCCGGACAUCAUCAGCUACUUCUGAAAUCAAUUGUCGUUUCGUUGCAUUGAGUUUAGAUUUGAUAAUGUUCCUUAGAUUUUUCCAUAUUUCUUAUUCAAACUUUGCUAAAUUUUUCAAACUCUGAAUUGAACACACUAUCUUUUUAACCUUUUUUUUUCAAAAAACAAUAAGUUUAAUCAAAAAAAUCCCUGCGAAAUCAAAAGCAAAACAAAACUUAAAGCAACAUAAGUUAACCAGGGAACGUUUUUACCCCCCGGUUGAUCUUCUGCUGAAACUUUGCUGGAGUGUAUUUUGGGACCUCCUGAUUGCAGAUCGAAUAAUCAAUUUCUCGCAAUAGAUCUUGUUUCCGAGUUAUGGAGCUUCAAAGUGUGCGAUAUACGCAAAUUAGGCCAAAAAAGCGCUCUUUCGGGUUUUUGAAGUGUCCUAUCUCGAAAACCAGAUCUAUUGCGAGAAAUUUUUAAAAAACGUUCCCUGGUAAGAAUUUUGGGUUUUGGCUACAACCUUUAAUUUUUUUUUGUAUGAACUUCGUAAUGAGCAAACAUUUCUCCUUUCCAUCUUGAACUUCAAUUCUUGUCCUAGCUUUUUUUCUAUAAGAUCAUGAAAUAUCUGGGUUCCAGGCGGCCAAGAAAUUGACGACGUACUGGAGAUAUCGAUCGGCUUCAGUGCGAACUCUUUCAACAUUGUCCCUCACACAAGUACGGUCGAAAUCGAUGGUAUCGUAACUCGACAAUGGAAGGUAUGAAGCCUCUUCUCUUCAAAAAGAAAUCCUUUUCAGCACCCUUCCCUUUAUUUCUCCCACUUGAACCCAUGCAGAAACGUCUUGAGCAUCAGUAAGUGAUAAAAGAGUUGUCAGUUUGUUAAUUUGGCGUUUAGGUCAUUGGAGAAAACAAUUGUGGACCCCACAAUUGUCCUUUGCAAAUUCCGUUGCUAUCACGGUGCAUCACCACAGCGUCGUGAUUCGACUGAAGGACGAUGGAACUAUUAUUCACACUGAAAGGUUUUUAUGCAAGUUUGAAACAGGGAUGUGCGAUGUUUUACAUUCGCUGAAAUUGUCGGGAAAUUUUAUAAAAAAGGCGUUUUUCGGGAUCAAACAGUCUUGGAACAUCUCAACUUUUUCGGAAAAUCAUUUGGGCCUUCAGUUGAAAUUCGUCAAUAAGGAAUACGAACAACUUCCAUUUAUACAAGUUCGAAAGUGGCCAACAUGUGCCUUUUUUAAUCUAUUGGCUUUUUUCAAACGCUGCUAACAUUCUUUAGACUAGGUUUUUGACGUUUUUUAAGUUAUUGAAAAAGCUUGAAGUAAUUCAUUUCAAAAAUAAAUACUAUUACCAAGAAACACCAAAAAAAAUUUAUUUUUUGAGAAAUGGCGUUCAAACACACUAGCGAUCCCUAUACAGCUCAAAACUCUUCGGAAACUAAAAAAAGAAAGAAAAAUAAAAACUAUCUUAAUUUUGGACCUUAUUUUUCGGUUUCAGGAGAUCACAUAGUCCCUCAGGCGGUUUUAUCGAUAGAGCGCAUUUAGUCCUUAAAACACAUUUAUAAGAAACUUCAAAUUUCCGCAAAACAUUCAAAUCUGUUCAAAGCUAUUUUUCCAUUUCAGGAACGUCCAAAAAGGUUUUUGUAGGAAAAUCCAGUUCUUAAUCAAUUUUUUUCAAAGUCAAAUAGUCUUAUUGAAUAUAAUGGCCAACUAAUGUUUCAAAAAAAGUAAAAACGGAAUUUCAAUUUUCAGAGUGAAGCAAUCGAUUCCCUGCAAAACCCAUGCAAAUGAAUACCCAUUCGGCAACACAACUUGCACCUUAGUGUGGAGAAACGACGAUUUGACAAGAAAUAACGCCAAAGUGAAAUGGAUCGAGAACUCGGGAGAUCUUCAAAAUGCUCAUGAAGUGAAUCUCAUGGUUUUAUAAGUGAAAAGUGUAAUUUACAGGCUGGAGACCUUCUUCUUCGUGGUGUAAACUUGACCCAAACUGAAGCUUAUCUUCAAAAUGGAGUGGUGGAUGAGCUCAAAUUGAAUUAUGAGUUCACUAGAGGACAUCAUAAAAUAUUGCUCUUGUUCUUUAUUCCAUCAAUUAUCUUCAUGUUCAUACCGUGAGUUAAGUUUUUCCGGAAAAUAACAAAAAUAUUUUUUUCAAAAAAAGUUUUUGAAAAAAAGUAGCAUCUGAUUAUUUUUUUUUUUCUUGUAAUCAAGCCCUCCACUGUUGGUUUCAAUUCUUCUGAAAAAGGUCGCAUUUGGAAUGGCUCGCUACUUUCUCAUUGUUCAUUGUUAAUUUGAUCGCCGAUCAGCCCAACAAGUUUUGAUGGGAAUAGAAACUUUAAAUUAGUUUUAAAUUAAAAUUGCCCUUUUUUUAGUUGGCUCUCCUUGUGUCUCGGACCAAUGGCAAUCACUCGAUCCAUUUUAUUGAUCGGAUCUUUGAUUCUCCUCAUGAUCCACUACAGCACCAACCUGGCUGGGCUUCCUCAAACCAAUGGAGUUACAGCAAUUGGUUUGCCCUCUUCUCGAUUUUUCAAAAGUUCAGAAUAUUUCAGACAUCUGGAAGCUUUUUUCCUUUUUCUACGUUGUCGGAAUCAUGUGCGAGCUGAUUAUUGUCACUUUGAUGGCCAGUCUUGGACGGUCCAGGUAACUUUUUCUAAUAUUUGAUGUCUCUAGCAAAAAAAAGCUGAAGGAGAUGCAAACGAGGCAAGCGUAAGGGCGGCUAUUCGAUGGAACCGUUGUACGAGGAGAUGAACGACCUUCGCGAUCGCAAAACUAGGUUAGUCUAUUGACCUGACAUCUGAGGAUGUAAAUAGACAAAGUCAUGAUGAGAGUCAGAAAAAAUGACUUAUUCCUAACAGAUUCAAAAUCAGAGAAGGGAGCUUGAAAAUAAGACUUCUGCUCCAGAAAACGGUUUGAAUGAUCUGAAAAAAAGCGGAAUGAUAUUAUUUUGAACUCACGAUGAUUCUCAAAAAGGAAAACAUCCCAAAUAACGCUCAAACUAUUAUUAAUUAAGGCCGUGAGAUCUAUCUGAAAAAAUUCUCAAAUUUUUUUUUCAUCAUUUUUGUCAGAAAUGGGACGUUUUUUUUUAGUCAUAUCUCUUUUAUUGCUUCCUUGACAUCUUGAAAGCUCGAAAAUUAGUUUUGGCUAGGAUGAAAGCUGAAAAAGAGCUUCUAACCUUGAUAACUUAUUGAGCUAUUGGAAUACUAUUGAUCCCUGUUGGCUUUAAUAAAUGAUCCUAGUUAUUUUUUGAAAACCGUGUAAGGAAAAAACUCCCUCUAAUUUUUUAUAGAGCACAUGUGUUCCUAAAAUAUAACUAGAAGAAAUAUUACAUUAAACUCAUUCAAAAGGUCAACUUUUUGAACGUUCUUGUAUUCGUUCAGUCCUGCUUAUUUAUGAUUUUUCCUAGAACUAUUGAAAAAUGCUCAAGUUACAGAAGAACCUGUGGAUGUUGCCGCAUCUCAGCCCUCAUCCUGGACUUUGCCGCCUUGUGGAUUUCCGCCAUCGUUUUCCUGCUCUUCUGCUUUGUAUACUAUUCUCAGAGCGCCAAACUCGUCAAAUGGUCCAAUGAUUUCGAUAUCGACACUCUCCGCAUCAUCUGA